AGCCGGGGCCGCCCGAGAGUCUCUUCAUCUCGGGUGCUGGGGCCGCCAUCUUAGAUGGCGGGAGUAAGGCGAGAAGGAGCUUGAGACGGCUAGGCUUCCCUGCUGCUCUCCUUGGGCCCGGAAGAGGGCCAGCCGUCCGGGCUUUGGGGCGUGUGCCCUGAGGCGCGGAGCGCGAGUGCGACGAUGCUGGGGCUGCCCGGGGCCCCGUCCCCUGGGCUGGGGACGCGCCGAAUGUGACCGCCUCCCGCUCCCUCACCCGACGCGGGGAGGAGGAGCGGACCAGACGCCGCCGCCCGACGACGGGACACGGAGGCGGCCCAGAUCCCUCAGGUUUAAGUGUUGUGUGAGCUGCAUCAAUGGAGCACAUACAGGGGGCCUGGAGGACCAUCAGCAACGGCUUUGGAGUGAGAGACACAGUGUUCGAUGGCCCCAGCUGCGUCUCCCCCACAAUAGCUCAGCAGUUCGGCUUCCAGCGCCGGGCAUCAGAUGAUGGCAAACUUACAGACUCUUCAAAGACAAGCAACACUAUCCGUGUUUUCUUGCCAAACAAGCAAAGAACAGUGGUCAAUGUGCGAAAUGGAAUGAGCUUGCAUGAUUGCCUUAUGAAAGCACUCAAGGUGCGGGGCCUGCAGCCGGAAUGCUGUGCCGUGUUCAGACUGCUCCACGAACACAAAGGUAAAAAAGCACGUUUAGAUUGGAAUACUGACGCUGCCUCGCUGAUUGGAGAAGAACUCCAAGUAGACUUCCUGGAUCAUGUUCCCCUCACAACACACAACUUUGCUCGGAAGACCUUCCUGAAGCUUGCCUUCUGUGACAUCUGUCAGAAGUUCCUGCUAAAUGGCUUUCGAUGUCAGACUUGUGGCUACAAAUUUCACGAGCACUGUAGCACCAAAGUACCUAUCAUGUGUGUGGACUGGAGUAACAUCAGACAGCUCCUAUUGUUUCCAAAUUCCACUAUUGGUGAUACUGGGGUCCCAGCACUGCCUUCUUUGACAAUGCGUCGGAUGCGAGAGUCUGUUUCCCGGAUGCCUGUUAGUUCCCAGCACAGAUACUCCACACCCCAUGCCUUCACCUUCAACACCUCCAGUCCCUCCUCUGAAGGUUCCCUUUCCCAGAGGCAGAGGUCAACAUCCACACCCAAUGUCCAUAUGGUCAGCACAACCCUGCCUGUGGACAGUAGGAUGAUCGAGAAUAACAGCCUGAAUGCUUCUCCCAGGGCGUGGUCCAGACGAUUUUGUUUGAGGGGAAGAGAUGCAAUUCGAAGUCACAGUGAAUCAGCUUCACCUUCAGCCUUGUCCAGCAGCCCCAACAAUCUGAGCCCAACGGGCUGGUCACAGCCCAAAACCCCCAUGCCAGCACAGAGAGAGCGGGCGCCGGGAUCCGGGGCCCAGGAGAAAAAUAAAAUUAGGCCUCGUGGGCAGAGAGACUCCAGCUAUUACUGGGAAAUAGAAGCCAGUGAAGUGAUGCUGUCCACUCGGAUCGGGUCAGGCUCCUUUGGAACUGUUUAUAAGGGCAAGUGGCAUGGAGAUGUUGCAGUAAAGAUCCUAAAGGUUGUCGACCCCACACCAGAACAGUUCCAGGCCUUUAGGAACGAGGUGGCUGUCCUGCGCAAAACACGGCAUGUGAACAUCCUCCUCUUCAUGGGGUACAUGACAAAGGACAACCUGGCGAUUGUGACCCAGUGGUGUGAAGGCAGCAGUCUCUACAAACACCUGCAUGUCCAGGAGACAAAGUUCCAGAUGUUCCAGUUGAUUGACAUUGCCCGGCAGACAGCUCAGGGAAUGGACUAUUUGCAUGCAAAGAAUAUCAUCCACAGAGACAUGAAAUCCAACAAUAUAUUUCUCCAUGAGGGCCUGACGGUGAAAAUUGGAGACUUUGGUUUGGCAACAGUGAAGUCACGCUGGAGUGGGUCUCAGCAAGUUGAACAACCCACUGGCUCCAUCCUAUGGAUGGCCCCAGAGGUGAUCCGAAUGCAGGACAAUAACCCGUUCAGCUUCCAGUCUGACGUCUACUCCUAUGGCAUUGUCCUGUAUGAGCUCAUGACAGGGGAGCUUCCGUACUCCCACAUCAACAACCGUGAUCAGAUCAUCUUCAUGGUGGGCCGGGGGUAUGCCUCCCCAGACCUCAGCAAGCUCUACAAGAACUGCCCCAAAGCAAUGAAGAGGCUCGUAGCUGACUGUGUGAAGAAAGUCAAGGAAGAGAGGCCUCUUUUUCCCCAGAUCCUGUCAUCCAUCGAGCUGCUCCAACACUCUCUACCGAAAAUCAACCGGAGUGCUUCUGAGCCAUCCCUGCAUCGGGCUGCCCACACCGAGGACAUCAAUGCCUGCACGCUGACCACGUCCCCAAGGCUGCCUAUCUUCUGACUUCGCACCUGCACUUGGCACCAGGGAGGAAGGGAAGUUGGCAGGCACUGCCUUUCUGCUCCUUCUAUGGGGCAGAGAGCUUGUUUUCAGAGCAGCUGCUGCUAAGGAC